AUGGCGGCGGCCGCGAGCUCCCCGCGGCGAGGUUACCGCAAAGCCCGACGGGAGCGAGGGGGAAAGGUGGCUGCCGCGGUGCAUUGUGGGCCGCGCGCCACCGUGAUGGCGGCGCCCGGGCAGCGAGCCCUGGGCUGGGGUCGGUGGCUGUGUACCGCCCCCGCGCCUCGGCCCUGGAAGCUUUUCGGGGCGAUGUGCCUGCUGAGGCUGCCCCGCAUCACGCAGCCCCUCACGAAGGACGAGGAAGAGAUGGCGGCCCUCAUGGGGCAGAUAGAGCUGGAGAAAAGCUGCUAUUCAGACCAUGAAAUCCGGAAGAUGCAGGAGGAGGAGCAGCUGAGGAGGAGGAAGGAGAGUGGCUAUGAUGAUGUUGAUGAAGGACCUGGCAAAACUGUCAUCAUGGCUCAAGACCUGGAGGAGAAAUGGGAACAGAAGUUCCUGCAGUUUGAAGCUGCUCCACGUUUAACAGAUGCUGACAAAAGCAACAACCGGACGUCGCUGGACAGGAGGCUGGACAGCAACCUGCUGCUUCUGGUCAAACAGAAGGUUGGCAACCAGGAGCUGUGGCUCCUGCCUCAAGCAGAAUGGCAGCCUGGAGAGACACUGCGAAGCACAGCUGAGAGAGCCAUGGCUACGGUUUUGGGAGGCCACGUUCAAGCCAAAACCCUGGGGAACGCACCACAUGGGGUUUACAAGUAUAAAUUCCCCAGGGCCAUCAGGACUGAGGACAACCUGGGAGCCAAAGUGUUCUUCUUCAAAGCCUUCCUCCAGAGCAGUGAUUUGUCCCAGGCAGAGCUGAAGAGAGACUGCCUCUGGGUCACAAAGGAGGAGCUGGGAGGUUACUUGAAGGCAGAGUACCUGAAGAAAGUGAAUCGGUUCCUUCUGGACUUGUAAGCAGCAGGCUGUGCUCCAGCAGAUGGGAAAGGUGUGGGACAUGGCUCCAGGGAGGAGCACAGCUGCUGCUUUGCAUGGUCUGUGUCUGUCAGAUGUUAACUUGGGCUCUGGAGGAUAAUUUGCCCUUGCCUUAUUUCCCAGUUCUCUUCUCUGGGCCUGUACUCAAUAAAUAUCACAACUGAGAC